GAUGCCUGCGGUGCCAAGAGGUGCGGUAGCGAUGCCCGGCGCCAGGUGGAGGGAGGGAGUGUAGGUGUGUGGUGGCACCAGUCAGGUACUCCUUCGUGGCACGGCCCUGCUUACUCAGUUCCGCGAGACCCGAGGGGGUUCUGAUCGCAUUACAUCUUCAGGGAUCCAUCCGCCGCACACUCGAGCAACUUCAGCCACAACCUGCCACCACGCCGCUCAACAGAAGGAGCUCCAGCCGCACCCUGUAAGACCCACACCGUAGAGAACUUGUAGCUGCAACCACGACCACAUUCUGCAACAGCUCAAGCCGCCGACACGCCCUGUACAAAGCCUCCUGAAGACUUAUCUUUCAAGAGAGUAAGAAAAAGUCCAUAGGGAAGAGAGAAAGAGGCUUAAAGAAAUAGUCACAGCAAAGGAAAAUAAGGAAAUAAAAUCAGGCAUAAAGAAACAGCCUAUUGGAAAUAAAAAAUAGACAAAAUAGACAGUUAGAAGAAGAAAAAAAAAAAGGAAAACCCUGCCAUUGGAAAAUAGUGCACGUACGAGAGUAAGUCACCAAAUCCCAGUCACCAAGUCCCACCCAGUCACUCAGUCGGUCAUCAAGUUACUACGAGAGAAAGAGGAGCACAACCACCAUCAUGGAGGACCCCCACCAAGUCACCGUGAUGUACGACUGGUUCCAAUACAGUAUGACAAAGGCGCCUCCUCAUGUCAUAGAUCAAAAGGAAAAAAGGAAAUGGAAUAUUCAAUACGUGGAGCCCUAUGGAAGAUGCACCAUAGCCUUGCGGGACAUAGCAGAGGGGGAAGUGAUAUUCGUGGACCACCCCAUUGUGACUGGACCCAAGCAGACCACGGACCUCAUCUGCCUCAGCUGUUACCGCCAACUUGACUCCUGGGAUCAGUAUCAGUGCAGCAAGUGUGGAUGGCCGCUGUGCUCCAAGGAGUGCGAGGGACGAGGUCAUCACCCCAUGGAGUGCAAGAUUUUCGCCGCCUCCGGGUACAAGCCUCGCCAGAGUGACUUCAGCGAGGACAUGUUUAUGUAUGAGUUCAUGCUGCCGCUCAGGUGUUUCUGCCUGAAAGACAUGGCCCCUAAAAAGUGGAGCACCAUGAUGGCGAUGGAGAGCCACAAUGACCUGAGGCGCGGCACUGAGCUCUGGAACAGGGAGCAGGUCAACGUGGUGGAUUAUUUAAGAGGAAAGCUGAAGGUGGACGCAGAUGAGGAGCUGCUUCACUCCAUCACCGGGAUCCUUGAUGUCAACUGUCACGAGGUCCGCAGCAACAUACCCGGCACCAAGGAGCAGUACUUCAUCCGCGGCGUGUACCCGCUGUGCGCCAUGAUGUCCCACUUCUGCAGCAACAACACUCACCACACGCUGAUGGACGACAUGACCAUGGUGGUGAUCGCCUCUAGGCCCAUCAAGAAGGGCGACCAGAUCACAGCCACAUACACUCACAUCCUCUCCGCAACCACUGAGCGACGAAAGCACCUUCGCUACGGCAAGUUCUUUGACUGUGCUUGUGAGAGAUGCCGAGACCCUACAGAGAUGGGGACUUACUUUGGGGCGCUCAAGUGUUCUCAGCCUGGGUGUGGUGGCUCCAUCUUGUGCACAGACCCGCUAGUAGCCACCAACGACGCUCCCUGGGCUUGUGACAGGUGCAAAUACCAGGUGGCGGCGGUGACGGUGGAGCGCCUCAACAAAAUGGUGUACUGGGAAUUGCGUGAGGCGGGAGAGGAGGAUCCAGCCAAGAUCGAGGGGCUGCUCAGGAAGUACCAGUACGUGCUUCACCCCCAACACUUCCAUAUGGUGGGCAUGAAACACACGCUCUCGCAGAUGUACGGGCGGCUGCCGGGCUACGCGCUGAACACCAUCUCUGACGCCCAGCGGAGGAGGAAGGUGGAAUGCUGCCGGGACCUGCUGAAGGUGCUAGACGUGAUCGAUCCAGGGAUAUCCAGACUGAGAGGCCUCACAUUGUACGAGCUGCACGCCCCACUGCUCCUGGAGGCCAACGGAGCCUUCCAGCGCACCAGCAUCACGCGGCGGGAGUUCCUGACUAAGCUGCGGGAGGUGGAGGGAUACUUAAGUCUGGUUGUGUACUGCCUCCAGCACGAGCCGCUCUCCUCCUCAGAGGGGGACGUGUGCAAGAUUGCCCGUAACUCGCUGGUGGAGCUGCGCAAGUGGAUCACUACCGUCACCUCGCUGCCAGACCGCCACUUCUUGCCUGAGGAGGUGGAGAAGGUGACGGCUGCCUCGCUGGUCCGCUCCGAUGAGGACCUCACGCUGGAGUCGCUGCUGAGGAGCCUGGAGGAGCAGUGACAAGGGCGAGGAUGAAGAGGAGGAGAUAGACGAGGGAAGCUGGUAGAAGAGCAGGUGUUGGUUAUGGUGGAUAGGAGAGAGAUGAGUUAGAAGAUAGUGGUGAUGGAGGGGAAAGCAAACCAGGAUAGGACGAGGUGGAAGAGGAGAUAGAGCGGCAGAUAUUAGGUUAUGGGGUGGAUAUGAGAGACAUUAGAAGGAUGUGAGGAAGACAGUGGUGAGAGUGGAGAAGAAAGAAGAGGAGUGGAUGAGGAGGAGGAGGAGAGGAGGAACAAGUGUUAAGCGUAGUGAAGGCUCAAGAUGUGUUUGCAAAGAGCAUUUAUACCCGAGGACAAAGUGGUAGCGGUGGAGGGGAAGAGGAGGACAUGUGUGUGUGUGUGUGUGUGUGUGUGUGUGUGUGUGUGUGUGUGUGUGUGUUUGUGUUUGUGUGGGGUAAGGGGAGGAGGAGAGGGAGGAAGGAGGAGGAGAGAGGAGUAUAUCAACGAACUGUGAAAAUUAUAUACAAAUAAAGAGACAUAAUUAGACGAACUUACAAACAGACAGAAAGACAGACAGACAGACAGACGUUAAGAGUACAGUGAUAAAAAUAUUCACGCCAAUUGUUAAUAAACAUAUUCAUUAUUCUGUUGUCAUAUUAUCAUUAUUGUUAGCAUUUCUACUACUACUACUACUACUACUACUACUACUACUACUACUACUACUACUACUACUGCUACUACUACUACUACUGCAAUAACAACAAAUACUCUGAUUAUCCUUAAAUACCUUUAUUGCGUUGAACUAAUAAAAUGUACAUAAACAAUAAUAGAUAAUAAUAAUAAUAACCAGAUCUA